AUGCCUUUCUGUAUUUCCUUGAUAUUAUCCCUUUCACUCAUUAUCAGAGAAGCAAACUCCUUUCAAAGCAGCUGCAAUAAUCUCAAGACGACGACAACGACAAGGCAUCGGCAUCAUCACGCAAGAACAAUAAGUCAUGUAUUGUUUGCGUCAUCCAACAACAGCAACAACCAAGACAUUUUUGCCAAUGAAACUCCCGAAGAACGCGAACAGCGCAUGAAACUUGUCCGACAAAUACAGGGAACUUUUUAUCAGCAAUCGGCAGAAGAGGUCGACGAUCACGACUCUGCUGCUGCUCCCCGACCUGCUGAUCUAGUAUUAUCGGAAGCCUCCGAGAAUGGUGUCUUUACCAGUGUGCCACUCUUUCGAGUCCAAUGGACGGAAUUGCCCGGAUAUCAGAACAUUCUCAAUAUUCACGUGCCUCAUUACACGCACAUGUUUCGCAAAAUCAUGGCGGGCCCAAAGCCUUGGAGGUUUGGACAUUUGUUGCUCGAGGGAGGUUCGGAAAAUUUGAGCAAUCCAAAGUACGCGCUCCACGAAGGAACGGAUGCGACGUUGGUCGGAACCCUCAUGCAAAUAUCGGAUGUCUUUGAACAAGAGGAUGGACGAUUGGCCAUGAUUGUCCAAGGCGUCGAAAAGAUCAAGGUGGUGAAAUCCAUCCAAAGUGAACCCUUUGCCAUGGCAGACAUUCAACUCUUGCCCGACGACGAAGUGGCCCGAGACUUGUCGUCCAAAAAUUCCAAGGAAUCUCCGUUUGCCAAGUGCGCCACGGAUUUGGACGAAUGGAAUCAAUGGGAAAUAUUGCCAACGAUGUGGGACAAUAAAGAGAAUGGCCUCCAACCCAUUUCACCGCUGUCCAAUUACAAUUCGCAAUACUUUCCCGAUGAAGUGGGUUUUGGCACCGCCACCAGAACAAAUGAAGAAUCAUCAUCAUCAUCAUCAUCAUCAUCAUCAUCAUCAUCACCACAAACACAGCAACAAGACGCAAUGGAAGAAAUGGAACGAAAGGUAUGGAUUGCCUUGGAUGAAAUGAUUCGAUUGAUGCAAGCAGCGGUCAGUGGAAAUGUUCCAAUUCCCUCCCAGCUCUUGGGCCUCCUCCCCACCCAACAAACAGUCGAUUGGCCACAAGGCUUUCAGCUGGAUUCCUAUGCCUCUCAAUUGGAAGCCAAGAAUGCCAAGAUUGGUACCUACACCAAAACUCCCUUUGUCCGAGUCAGCCUGUGCGAGUCCUAUCCCUCCAUCCGACGGGCCAAUCGAUUGAGCUAUGCCGUUUGGAUUUUGUUGAACACCUUGCUGGCCAAUGUCGGUGCGAAGGGAUAUCCGACUCCGCAAGAAUUGUUGGAACUUGACAGUACUGCCGAACGAUUGGAAUUGGCUUGCACUCAUUUGGAGAGCAUCAAUACGGUACUUCGGCGGUCAUCAUGA